AUGCAGUUACUUAACCACUUAGAGACAAAUGUAUUAAAUUCAUAUACGACGCAACUGAGUAAUUCAGCUAAUGACAUCGCAAAAUAUUUAAGUUAUCAGUCGGACGAUUACGUACAGUCGUUUGAUGACUUAACAAACACAAUUAAAUUAGAAUGUUGGCAUAUUGGAGUUGAUGUCAGCAUGUCACUUUAA